CCUACAUUUUCUUGAUAUUUCUCCUGGGGUGCGAACCUGGCUGUUUUCUGGAAGAUUUCAUUGGGAUUCUGUAGAGACAAUCGUCGGUCAUCCAAGUGUUUAACCCGGGUAGCUCUCUGAGUUUUCCAGAUUUUCUUGUCUUCCUCAGCCAGCGUUCGUAGUCCAACACAACACUUGUCUUCAGAAACACAAAGAUGACGGUUAAUCUGGUUAACCGAGAUGAAAACUGCAUCAACGAACACGUGAGGGUGUGUUACGAAGAUGUCCUGGCUGAGCCCGAGGGAAGUCACUCCAUCGACUGCGUGUGGAAGCUGUCCUACUGCUGCUUCAACUGCAGCAAGGGAUGCUGCUACAACCUCCUGGCCAUCUUCUGCGGCAUACCCAGCGCCCUCUGCUGGGGCUUUGAGUUCGCCAUCAUCGCCUUCUACCACAUCUGGUACCUGACCCCGUGUCUGCGGGCCUACAUGAUCAACUGCGGCAUGAUGCAGAAGUACUUCGAAGCCUGUCUGCGGUGCUGCAUCGGUCCUGUCUGCGAGACCUGCGGCCUCUUCUUCAGUCAGAUCACCGUCAAGAACGUCAGCUAGCAGCGUGUUGCUCCCACCUGCUCCCUCCACCAUCCCUGCUACCCUCCCCUCACCCCGCUCACCUGCUGCAGGUGAUGUAUGAAGCCAGAGCAAAGAUCAUGUCUUUCUGUAUUUACCUCGGGUAUAUGGUCCUUGGUGUGGAUAGCUUGCUGUGGUAAUGACAUUAAUCAGUGUGCCCUUAUCUUUGUGUGCCCCUACCCUGCCACAACCCCUACCCUAGAGGACUAGCCAGUGUCCGUGCUCGGUUCUCGGGAAGUCACUAAACACAGUGAUGUUACUACACUUUGGCAUGGCGGACUCUGUGGCUAAAGCUAAUAAGGUAUAUCCUGCAUCAGAACAUUCCAGAGUAAAAGGCAGUUUGCAAGAAACAAUAGAAAAAUCCAAAAAUAAUUAUAAAAUAGCAAGUUUUAAUUGAAAAAGUCCAGCCCUGAGUUUAAAGUGAGAAGUUAUAAAGUGUAUGUGAUCUCAAUCCUUUUUAGAAUAAAAUAGGAAUAACUCAGACGGAAGUAGAAAUAUUUAACUCCCUUGUUGAAAGUUAAAAAUAUGUUUUUAUAUUCAAAACUGUGUCCCUGUUAGACUUACAGAUACUGUGCCAUUUGUUGUGAAAUCCUCCAAAUAAAUCAUUCAAACUU